GCUUCGCGGCGUUGCCCUAGCAACCAGGCCACAAGACGCAGCAGGGCCUUCUGGCCGCUGAAUCCCAAACCCUGGAGCGCUUUACCUGCCCUACGGGCUUCCAGCACCAUGUCAGUGCGGACUCUGCCUCUGCUCUUCUUGAACUUGGGUGGGGAGAUGCUUUACGUCCUGGACCAGCGGCUGCGGGCCCAGAACAUCCCGGGAGACAAGGCCCGCAAAGAUGAAUGGACAGAGGUGGACAGAAAACGAGUUCUGAAUGACAUCAUUUCAACCAUGUUCAAUAGAAAGUUUAUGGAGGAGCUGUUCAAACCCCAAGAGCUCUACUCCAAGAAGGCCCUGAGGACUGUGUACGACCGCCUGGCUCAUGCUUCCAUUAUGCGGCUAAACCAGGCCAGCAUGGAUAAGCUCUAUGACCUGAUGACCAUGGCUUUCAAAUAUCAAGUACUGCUGUGUCCACGCCCAAAGGAUGUGCUGCUGGUCACUUUCAACCAUUUAGAUGCCAUCAAAGAAUUCAUCCAAGACUCCCCGACCAUCCUGCAUCAAGUGGAUGAGACCUUCCGGCAGCUGAUAGAAAUAUAUGGGAGUCUCUCUGCCGGGGAGUUCCAGCUGAUCCGGCAGACUCUGCUCAUCUUCUUCCAAGACCUACACAUCCGAGUGUCCACAUUUCUAAAGGACAAAGUUCAAAAUUCUAAUGGUCGCUUUGUGUUGCCAGUGUCUGGGCCUGUUCCCUGGGGAACUGAAGUUCCUGGACUCAUCAGAAUGUUCAACGACAAGGGCCAAGAAGUAAAGAAAAUAGAAUUCAAGCAUGGUGGAGACUAUGUUGCUGCACCCAAAGAAGGCUCUUUUGAACUGUAUGGAGACCGAGUCUUGAAACUGGGAACUAACAUGUACAGUAUGAAUCGGCCAGUGGAAACUCAAAUGUCUGGAACAGCAAAGAACUCCACCUCACGGAUACAGGAAAGCAUUGUUCCAAACCCUCUUGCCAAAGAAGAGCUAAAUUUCUUGGCCAGGCUAAUGGGAGGGAUGGAGAUCAAGAAACCCAGUGGCCCUGAACCAGGAUUCCGGUUGAAUCUCUUUACCACCGAUGAAGAGGAGGAACAUGCAGCGCUGUCCAGGCCAGAAGAGUUAUCCUACGAAGUCAUAAACAUACAGGCUACACAGGACCAGCAACGGAAUGAAGAGCUGGCCCGGAUCAUGGGGGAGUUUGAGAUCACAGAGAAGCAGAAGCAGAGUACCAGCAAGGGGGAUGACUUGCUUGCCAUGAUGGACGAGUUAUAGCUAUGCUGACCACUCACAGCCCUGUCCUGUCCCAAGAAGAUGCCUGAUGACCACCCUGGGGGCAGCUAGCCUAGGAUCCCAAGUACUGUUGCUGAUUCGUCCAACUGAGACCUGUACUUGAAGUGCAUUUUUAUGUCAUAAUAAACUGUGGAAAUCUCUCAGAGAUCACCCUCUUCUGAAGGCACAAACAUAUGUGUAUUUUCAGCAAAAUAUAUUCUGGCUUUUA